AUGCGGGAAGAAAUGCGGCCAAAUCAAGGUGCUGAUGAUCGAGAAAUUAUAAUUAUAUUAAUGAUGAAGAAAUCAUUGCAAAUAUUUAACUCUCUUGAAAUAGUAAACAAAUUUUCAACAACAUUCAAUAAGUGGAAUUACACUUUUGAUCCAUGCAUACUAUUUAAUCAACCUCAAAAUCCAGAACGAAGUUUGGGAGAUAAAUGCCGAUACAUUGUAAUGUGUAAAUCUAAAAUAUCUAGAAAUCGCAUAUACAAUUACGCUGUCGGAACAAAAGAGCAUUCUAACAUUGGGAAUGUGUGGUUUCCGUAUUUGAAUAAAUACGUCCUCAGUGUAUCGUACAAAGGAUUGAAGUCUCAUCGAAAACUUUGGGUUCAUGUUGCUUUGGUUUGCGAUGCUGACCGAAAAGGCCCGGACGAUGGAUUAUUUCAAAUAUUGACAGAUGAGCUGAAGAAAGAUAUUUAUGCCGAGCUGAGACACCGGUGUGCCUGUAUCAAUGGAUGUGGCAAAGCUGCUGUUAACUUCACUCGACCAGUCCUUAUAUCAACAAACGAAACGGAGAAGGCCGUAUCCAGCGAAAAGGAUGGCAUGCUGACUGGCUUAAUAGUAGGUGGAAUUGCCUUGUUGAUGGUUAUUGUUCUCAUAGUCGGGCUCUGCCACAGUUCAUCCUCAAUUACUUUUUACCAAAAACUUCCAACUAAAUCACGAAGACGAGAAUCCAUAAAAGCACAGCUGGAUUAUGAACCAGAACUAGCGCAGUCAAAGAAGCGCGAGUUGCCUGUGAUCAAUUGCUGUAUCAUCCCGGCCUCUCAGAUUGAGACAGGUAAAAGAUUGGGUGGUGGUAUUUUUGCUGAUACUUUCGUUGGUAAAUGGGACUCGUGGACUGUGGCUGUGAAACGGUUAACUCUAGUGAUUCACCCAAACCAGUUAUCAUCAUCCCUAAUUGAAUGGAUGAAGAAAGAAGUGAAUUAUUUCAGGAAGCACAGACAUCGAAACAUUGUUAGCGUUUUAGGAUUGUGUCUCGAAACCCGUCUUCCUUGUCUUAUGGUCGAAUUUGUGGAAGGUGUUGCUCUAAGGGAUUACAUGAAACAUAACUACAAUUGUAUGACAUGGCCUCUUCGAGCACGAAUCUGUCUCCAGGCAUCAGAGGGCCUGCAUUUUUUGCAUUCCCGUAAACCAGCAAUAUUACAUAGGGACAUCAGAUGUGCUAAUAUAUUCAUCAGCGAUCAUGACAUCGUUAAGGUUGCAGAUUUUGGAAUAACCAAACUCCUACAGCCUUUGAGGGAAGAGUGCAACAAAGAGGAUUGUGCGUGUCAAAAGCAUCUCAGCGCAUGCGCUCCUUCUAUACGGUGGACCGCGCCAGAGGUUCUUCGCAAUCCAAGAGCCAGAGAGGAAGACCGCUGUUUUUCCACAGCCUCUGAUGUUUAUUCAUUUGGUGUGUUUAUGUGGGAGAUAUUAUAUAACAAAGAUCCUUUCUACGAAAUAGACAACGAAGAAAAGGUAUUAAUAAGUAUAUUGAAGAAUGUUAGACCAGGACUAAAGGAUUCUGUGGAAUACCAACCGGAAUAUAAAGAGCUUUUACAAUAUUGCUGGAAUCAGGAUCCUCAGAAACGGCCGAAGUUCAAAGAGGUUGUGACGAAAUGCAAGGAUAUUCUGAAUCAUUCAAGGAAUUACCAAAAGUCAGUUCGUCGUAGACACGAAAGCAUGAGAGAAAGCAAUACAUCUAGCGAAGGUAUAUAAUGGACACAUCCACAUUGCUCAACAGUGUAAUAAUAUACGGAAUCUACGAAUCAAGGAAAAGUAUAACGAACAACUUGAAACGAAUCUAAAACCCGGUUGGCUUCUCUCAACAUAAAUCUCUGAUUGUUUUAAAUCAAAACUUGAUCGAUACAUUAUUUUUGAAAAUAAUUUCUUUUAUAGGAAUCAGUUUAAUUCUGCAGGGCAGUAGAUAUCGAGAUGUAUAUUUCUGCUACUGGUAAUUCUUCUAACCCACCUGGGAAUCAUGGGCGCGAACGAUUCAUUGCCCUGAUUCACGUUCACAAUAUAUUGGUAUAUUGAUUCGAAAGGUGCCAGUGUAAGGUAAAUAAUCAGGAAAUCUAUUAUUUUAAUCAAAGUAUCCCUUCGUCUGAGUUGGUGUCUUCAACAAGAAAUGUGUAGUGCUGUGAAUUACACCGAGGAUAUGUUUGUGUUCACUGCUCACAAGGAUUGUUGAAAUGUAUACCAGUAAUAUGCUUAAACCAGUCAAAUGAAGCCUACAAUACCCGCUGAAAAAUUGGCUCUUUGCAGAGAUGAAGGCAAUUUUUAUUGUGAAAAAAAAAACUAUCCCUAUUGACCACUGACAUGAAGGUUUAUUAUAUUUUAUAUGCAUUGCCACUAUGUGAACUCAUUAAAUACUUCAUUUAUUUACGACACUUAUACCCUUGGAAAAUAUUUUAUUGUUACAACAUCUACAAUAGAGAAAUAUAUAUUUCUGUUAUUUAUUCUAACAACGUAAACGGAUAUAUCUACAUUUGGUGUCAUCAUGACAUGCAUGCCUUUCAACAUACAAUACUAUUUUGCUUAAAAAGUCUGGU